CAGCUUUAACCUCAUGUCUCUCGUCGCCUCGCCUCUCGCCACGCACCGCCAUCCACCCAAUUGAAGAGAGAGAGAGAGAGAGAGAGAGAGAGAGAGUCAAAAGACGGUGGAAGAAGGAAACCCUAGAAUUCUUCGUCAUACAUGAUCGACGUCGGAGCGGAGAGCGCGGCGCCGGGCGCCGGGACGGCGGAGAAGGCCCUGUCCUUCAUCUCCCGGGGAUGGCGCGAGGUGCGUGACUCUGCCGGCGCAGACCUCCGCCUCAUGCGCGCCCGCGCCAGCUCCUUCAAGUCCCUCGCCGACCGGGAGUUCGAGAACCUGCUCAGCUCCUCCGCCGCCGUCCUGUCUACGCCGCCCCGUCCUUCCCCGCCGGAGGUCGAAUUCGUCAAGCGCAUCCAGCCCAAGCUGUCUGAGAUCCGUCGGGCCUACUCGUCGCCGGACUUCAGCCGGAGGGUGCUCGAGAAGUGGAGUCCCAAGGCCACCAUCCGCAUCGAUCUGUCCGCCAUCCGAAACGCUAUCGUCUCAGAGGUGGACGAAGUCGGGGCGGUCCUCGAUGUCGGCAAGGUCAAGGGCCAGAGCUGGAGGAUGGUGCGGUGGAAGGGGGUGGAGGAGGAGGAGCAAAGGAGGGAGUGGGAGCCCAUUCGGAUCCUCAAGACAGGGCUGAAGGAGUUGGAACGGAAGAGCCAGUCCACGAGCAACGAGCUCGUCGAAAAACUGAAAUCGAGCCUGGGAUCAUUUGUGAAGGAGCCCCAAGAGUCGAAGGAAGUUCCACCAUUGGAUCUACCUGAACUUUUGGCACAUUUUGUUAAGCAAUCUGGGCCAUUUUUCAAUCAGCUUGGAAUACAGCAAGAUAUAUGCGACAAAAUUGUGGAAGCUUUAUGCAGUAGGCGCAAAGAUCAAUUCAUGUAUCAUUCUCUUCCUGCAAAGGACACAUCCUUACCUGGAAAUGAGAACAGUGAUGAACUUGAUUUGAGAAUAGCCAGUGUGCUCGAAAGUACAGGGCAUCACUAUGAAGGAGGCUUUUGGACUGACCUUGUAAAGCAUGAGACAACAGACCAGAAGCGCCAUGUUGCAAUUGUAACUACUGCCAGUCUCCCAUGGAUGACUGGAACUGCUGUAAACCCAUUAUUCCGAGCUGCAUAUUUGGCUAAGUCUGCAAAACAAGAUGUAACAUUGGUGGUCCCCUGGCUUUGCAAAUCAGAUCAGGAGCUGGUUUAUCCUAAUAAUUUAAGUUUUUGUUCUCCUGAAGAGCAGGAAGCCUACAUAAGGAACUGGCUAGAGGAACGGAUUGGCUUCAAGGCAGACUUUAAAAUCUCAUUUUAUCCGGGAAAGUUCUCAAAAGAAAGGCGCAGCAUAGUACCUGCUGGGGACACCACGCAAUUCAUUCCUUCCAAAGAGGCUGAUAUUGCUAUACUGGAAGAGCCAGAGCACCUAAACUGGUAUCAUCAUGGGAAGCGUUGGACAGAUAAGUUCAAUUAUGUUGUUGGUGUAGUUCACACAAAUUACUUGGAGUACAUCAAGAGGGAGAAAAAUGGAGCUAUCCAAGCAUUCUUCGUCAAACAUAUCAACAAUUGGGUCACCAGAGCAUACUGCCAUAAGGUUUUGCGGCUUUCUGGAGCAACUCAGGAGUUGCCCAAGUCUGUCAUUUGCAAUGUUCAUGGCGUUAAUCCCAAGUUUCUUAAGGUUGGAGAAAAAAUAGCUGCUGAGAGGGAGCAAGGGCAUCAAGCAUUUUCCAAAGGAGCAUAUUUCCUGGGGAAGAUGGUUUGGGCAAAAGGUUACCGAGAAUUGAUAGAUUUGCUAGCAAAGCACAAGAAUGACUUGGAAGGGUUUAACUUAGAUGUAUAUGGAAAUGGUGAGGAUUCACGUGAAGUCCAAUCUGCUGCAAGGAAGUUGGACCUGAAUCUGACCUUCUUUAAAGGAAGGGAUCAUGCAGAUGAUUCACUUCAUGGGUACAAAGUUUUCAUAAAUCCUAGCGUCAGUGAUGUCCUGUGCACAGCAACAGCAGAGGCCCUUGCCAUGGGGAAGUUUGUGAUUUGUGCGGAUCACCCAUCAAAUGAUUUCUUCAGGGCAUUUCCUAACUGCUUGACUUAUAAAACCUCCGAGGAUUUUGUGGCGAAGGUAAAAGAGGCGAUGGCAAAUGAACCCCAACCACUCACUCCCGAGCAAAGAUAUAAUUUGUCAUGGGAGGCCGCAACACAGAGAUUUAUGGAGUAUUCAGAGCUUGACAAAGUUCUAAACAAACAAGAAUCUACAAGUGUCAAUGCAGAUAACUUGAAGAUUAGCAAGUCAAUUUCCAUGCCUACUCUAUCAUCUGCUGUGGAUGGGGGGUUAGCCUUUGCUCACUAUUGUCUUACUGGUAACGAAAUCCUGAGGUUGUCUACCGGUGCAAUACCAGGAACAAGAAAUUAUAGUAAGCAGCAUUGCAUGGAUUUGCACCUCCUGCCACCUCAGGUGCAAAACCCUGUAUAUGGCUGCUUGUGCAGGUUUUGACAUUCUACUUCCCAAUAAUUAUGUUUGCAUCAACAUAGUGCAUUCCACUGGGUACAUAAGACUACUUGUCAGGAAUCUACUUCGAGGAUAAUAGCAUAUCCAGAUUCCAAGCUCCCACAAGACGACCGGCACCUGGUUAAUUUUCGAGCAGGUAAAGGAGCUUUAGCUUUAAAUGACAGGAGAAUUGUACUGUUGUGCCAUUUCCAAGGAGCUGGGCCAUCCCUCCACUUCCCUGCUCGUCUUCUAUAUUGGCCCAGGCAGGUGCUCAGAGCCGCCCUGUGCAAAGCGUGAUCCAAGGGACCAUGGCUGGAGCGAUGAUGGUCCAAGGGGGACCAUUCCCUGGCUGCUGAUGCCCAUCAGCAUCCGAGUGUAAUCCAUUCAGAUCCAUACCAGAUUUCCCAACAACGUGAUGCGUGAAUCGAUCUCCAACCUGUGGCAAACACUAUUGAGUGUGUGUGUGUGGAAGAAUGACUCAUCCGCCACUAUACCGAUGUUUCCUCUGCAUCCCAAGUCUCUGAGGUUGAUUGAGUCCUUGAAUUCAGGUACAGUUGCCCUGCGACUAUAAACAACACCUUGACUUCUUUCGAGGAACAAGGACAAGAGAGUACAAAAGAAAAACAAAGAUGGGGAGAAGGCUAUGAAUAACAGAUAAAACAAGAGCACACCAUAAUGGCCAUCAUUAUGGCACAUGUACUUUUGGGUGAGGCCUGGUUGAUUCAUCUGAUGAAAAGAGUGGGACCUGCAAAUCCAUCAAACAUCAUCUCCCCCGGUCACCAGUGGGCCUCAGAUUUAGCAGCAAACAACAGGAAGACUAGCUUCAAAUCAAAACUUUUGCCCUUGUGGGGGAGGUUUAUAAUUGUACAUUCCAAGGUCAAGAUUCUCACACAGAUAUGUCUUUUAGUGCCCUCUUUUCUAUUCAUUUCACCCUUCACAUCUCCCCACAAAUGCUGGAUCAUUCAUGAGUGAGAAAACCCAGCUGAGUGCCAUCUAUCUACCCUCCUCAAAUGAUUGUUUGAUAUGGUUUGAUCUAUGUAUCAGAUGGUAUCUCAAGUCUUCACCUUUUAAAACAUGCCAAGAUUUGGAGACA